AUGACCCCUGACUGUCCCCCCACAUGCCGCCCUUCCGAGCCCCACGCUGGAGUUUCUGAUGGGGUGACCACUUCAGCCUGUUCCGUGGAAACCACUCGUCUCCCCAGCACCCGUGCAGCAUCCAGGUGCCACACUCCGAGCUGCCUGUCCAGGCCUCUCCUGCCAACCGGCUGCUUCACGCCCUGCUACCUGGCCGGGAGCUGCAAUAUCCCCUGCUGGGUGGGGAACUACGCUUGGUGCGAGGACGGGGCGUUCAACAGCAAUGAGAAGGAGACCAUGCAGUUCCUGAACGACAGGCUCGCCAGCUACCUGGAGAAGGUGCGCGGCCUGGAGGAGAUGAAUGCGGAGCUGGAGCGCAGGAUCCGAGAGCGGUGUGAUGCGGACCUGCCACUGGUGUGCCCCGAUUACCAGUGCUACUUCAACACCAUUGAAGAUCUCCAACAGAAGAUUUUGUGCACGAAAGCAGAGAAUUCAAGACUUACUAUACAGCUUGAUAACUGCAAACUGGCAGCCGAAGACUUCCGGUCAAAGUACGAGUCUGAACUGACUCUUCACCAGCUGGUGGAGGGUGACAUUGGAGGCCUGCGCAGGAUCCUGGACGAGCUGACCCUGUGCAAGGCUGACCUGGAGGCCCAGGUGGAGUCUCUGAAGGAUGAUCUGCUUUGCCUUAAGAAAAGUCACGAAGAGGAGGUCAACUUGCUUCGUGGACAGCUUGGUGACCGACUCAAUGUGGAGCUGGACAGUGGCCCCGUCGUCGACCUCAACAGGGUCCUGGAGGAGAUGCGAUGUCAGUAUGAGAUGGUACUUGCCAGCAACCGCAGAGACGUGGAAGAAUGGUUCGCUGUUCAGAUGGGGGAGCUGAAUCAGCAGCAGCUGUCCAGUGCGGAGCAGCUGCAGGGCUGCCAGAUGGAGAUCCUGGAACUGAAACGCACGGCCAGUGCUCUGGAAAUCGAGCUCCAAGCCCAGCAAAGCCUGACACAGUCUCUGGAAGGCACUGUUGCAGAAACUGAGGCCCAGUACAGCACGCAGCUGGCCCAGAUGCAGUGCCUGAUCGACAACGUGGAGAACCAGCUGGCGGAGAUCCGCUGCGACCUGGAGCGGCAGAACCUGGAGUACGAGGUGCUGCUGGACACGAAGGCACGGCUGGAGGGCGAGAUCGCCACGUACCGGGGCCUGCUGGAGAGCGAGGACUGCAGGCUGCCCUGUAACCCAUGUUCUACCACAAGCCCGUCAAGCAACACUUGUGAGCCGUGCCCAGCGUACGUCCUCUGCACAGUGGAAAACCACUGCGUGUGA